CACAACAGUAAUCGUCCCAUUCACAGGUUCGUCAAACGUAACAGGACCACAAAUCUGUUUGUGUUCGUAUUGAGCACGCUGCUGCAAAGGUGUACCAUGGAAAACACCGACCAUUAUGAUUCCAACUACUAUCGAUACCGUGACAGUGGAACAUCUGAUUCUGAAUCGGACAAUGACAGUAAUUCGGUGUCCAGUGCGUACCAAAGUUCAAGUGAUGGCGAUGGCGAUGGUGAUAGUCACAAUGAAAAAUUCCAUGAAUUUGAUGCAGUUGUAGGUGAUAGAAUAGUGAAAAUUGAUGCCCUUAAUGCUGAUGAAAUUCGUGCUAUGGAAUUCGGUACAGUUGAUGAAGCUAAUUUGUUUUAUUUCAAGUAUGCUAAAUGUAAAGGGUUUGCCAUUAGGAAAAGUGAUGUUAGGAGAAGAUCGACUGGGGGUGGACAAACAAUUAUAAUGAGGCAGUUUGUAUGCAAUAAACGCGGUCUAAGAGAUACAAAACACUUAAGGAGGCUUGAUAGAAAAAGAGAACAUAGACCUACGACCCGCACUAAUUGUCCCGCUAGGCUUCGUGUGCAUUACAACCCCCAAAAGGGUAGUUAUGUAGUGUCAUGUUUUGAAGAGGCUCACAACCAUGAAUUAACACCAUCUAGGUUUAUCCACUUACACCCCAUUUAUCGUGAGAUUACUGCAGCAGAUAGAGCUCAGAUUGACGGUCUACAGUCAAAUGGAAUUAGAACUUGUCAUAUAAUGGGGUACAUGGUUGCUCAGAAGGGUGGACACAAUCGUGUUGGGUUUACAAAGAAGGAUCUGUACAAUUAUUUUGAUAGUAAAAUGCGUGCUACUAUUAAAGAUGGUGACGUUGCUGCUGCUAUAAAUUAUCUAAAUGUGAAGUCAUCUACUGAUCCCAUGUUAUAUGGUAAAUAUGCCGUAGGCAUGGAUGGACGAAUGAAGUCCCUUUUUUGGGCUGAUGGAAGCAGUAGAUCUGACUAUUUUUGUUUUGGCGAUGUGAUUGCGUUCGACACGACUUACAAGAAGAACAAAUACAACUACCCAUUGGUUAUAUUUUCAGGGUGUAACCACCACUCUCAGACAGUUAUUUUUGGUGCUGCAUUGGUGUCAGAUGAAACGACAGAAACGUAUAAGUGGUUGUUGGAGUGUUUUUUAGAGUGCAUGGAAAAUAAAUACCCAGAAGCAGUUGUAACAGAUGGAGAUGGGGCGAUGAGGGAAUCUAUAAAACAGGUGUUUCCGGAUGCGACACAUCGUUUAUGCGCUUGGCAUUUGAACAAGAAUGCGACUGAGAAUGUAAAGAACUCGGAAUUUUUGAAAGAUUUUCAAAAAGCCAUGUACUCUAAUUUUACAAAGGAUGAAUUUGAAGAGUUUUGGUCAAAAACAAUUAAAGAAAACGGACUUGAAGGAAAUCCUUGGGUUCAAAAAACGUACGAGAACAGGUCACUAUGGGCAACUGCAUAUCUACGUGAGAAGUUUUUUGCACGUAUAAGAACUACGUCUCAAUGUGAAGCCGUCAAUGCAAUCAUCAAGAGUUAUGUCAGGAAGAAAGGCUGCAUUUUUGAAUUUAUGCACAAUUUUGAUCAGGCUAUGAGAUCUUAUAGAAACAAUGAACUGAUUGCCGAUUUUAAAUCAAUAUUUUCAGAACCUGUGAUGACUACUCAACUGCGUGCCCUUGAGAGCCAUGCUGCGAAAGUUUAUACUACAGAGAUUUUCAAGGAAGUCAGAGAUGAAAUAGUGAAGGCUGGAUCAUUGAUUGUUAAGGAAAGGUUAAUUCGCAACGGAUUUAAGACUUAUCGAUUUACAAAAUAUUGUUGUGAUAACUAUGACGUAGAGGUUGUGUAUGAUGGUGAAACACUUCAAUGCGAGUGUAGGUUAUGGGAUUCUCGUGGGAUUCCAUGUUCUCAUAUGUUUGGUGUCAUGAAGGAAGAACAUGUUAGUCUCAUUCCCACCGGUUUGAUUUUGUCGAGGUGGACGAAGGAUGCAAAAAUUCAAUACUUGAACAUGAAUUGUAAUGGUUCUGAUGAUCCUAAUAUGAUUGAGCUAGCUCGGUUUGGUGCAUAUUGUUCUGCAUUUACUGUUUUUUGCAGAGAAGCUUCAAAAAAGGAAGGUGUUUAUGGGGACAUAAUGGGUGAUAUUCUGAUGUUACAAAAAAAGUAUUGCAGUACGGACGAUCCUAUUUUGGCAUCGAACUCAGCCGUAGGUGAUCCAAAUAUUGUUGCGGAAAACGCGCCAUCUGAACAAAAUGUUGGUAUGACGUCGCGGCCAGUAACUGAUUCAUUCAGCCAAGUUGUGAAGAACAAGAAUGGAAAAAGAGGUCGCAUUGGGGGAAGUAGUGUGCAAAAUAAAUGUACGGAACCACCGAACUCUCGUGGCGCUGAUGUGACGGCGGCUUCUCGCGCGGAAGUUGGAAGCACAAGCAUACCCAUGCCUGCAGUGUAUGGAUUGCAACCCGUGUUGCCAGUGGCUACAACGACCGAUGAACAAUGGUGGUACUUGAACGAGCAAAGAAGUAGCUGUAAUUUGACCAGGCAUGAAUUUGGAGGUGAUUUUUAUUGGAUGGAUGAGCAAUGGGCUGAGUAUUUAGGUAAUUACGUUUACGAUGAGGUUGAACAGAAUGUCGAUCUCAGUGACAUUGAAAGUGAUGAAGGUGAAGAAGAGAUGGAUGAAAAUUUUGGUGAUCCCGUGGUCGAAGAAAAUGGCAUUUCAUUCAAUUAUCGUGUCACUGCUGCUUGUCACUUUCCAUCUAAUGUUGCUGACAAUUGGUUAUUGCCGUUGCAAACUGAGAUAGACAUUGUCGAUGUUCAUACCGAUGCUAUUUACCCAUGUGUGUUGAAGACUGGUAGGAGGCCAGGGGAGAGAUAUCUUUGCUUAGGUUGGUAUGAGUAUGUUAAAGCAACUCGUCUGAGGGCUGGUGAUGUUCUUGAGUGCACUGUGGCAGAUCCUCCUACAAGAAUGUUUGUUCGUUUUAUGAUGUAA